CACCGUUUUCCCCAUCCCCUCCUAUUAUUCUUAUUCUUUUGAGUAUUCAUCAUUGUCAAGCCGCCAAAGUGGAGAGUGUGAUUGCAGAAGGGGGUGCUUCUCGUUUCAGUGCUUCUUCGGGGGGAGGAGGUGGUAGGGGCGCACCUCAGCACUAUCCCAAGACUGUCGGCAACAGCGAGUUCCUGGGGAAAACCCCAGGGCAAAGCGUUCAGAGAUGGGUUCCUUCACGAAGCACUAGACGAGAUGUCAACUCCAGCAACGAAAAAGAGCGACACGAUGGAAUCUUCAGGAAAGUGAGAGGCAUACUCAACAAACUCACGCCUGAGAAGUUUGACAAGCUAUGCCUUGAGCUCCUGAACGUGGGCGUAGAUUCAAAACUCGUCCUUAAAGGAAUCAUCUUGCUGAUUGUAGACAAAGCCCUAGAAGAGCCGAAGUAUAGCUCGCUCUAUGCUCAGCUAUGUCUGCGUUUGGCAGAGGACGCACCAAACUUUGAUGGCCCUUCAUCUGAGAUCCAAACAUCCCAAAAGCAGAGCACAACCUUCAGAAGACUGCUGAUUUCCAAACUUCAAGAUGAAUUUGAAAACCGUACCAGAAAUGUUGAAAUCUAUGACAAACAUGACAACCCUCUUACUUCUGAGGAGGAGGAGCAGCGUUCCAUUGCCAAGGUCAAGAUGCUUGGCAACAUUAAAUUCAUCGGGGAACUUGGCAAACUCGACCUCAUCCACGAAUCUAUCCUUCAUAAGUGCAUCAAAACACUUCUGGAAAAGAAGAAGAGAGUCCAGCUCAAGGAUAUGGGGGAGGAUCUGGAGUGCCUCUGUCAGAUAAUGAGAACAGUGGGGCCGAGACUCGACCAUGAUAAAGCAAAGUCUUUAAUGGAUCAGUAUUUUGGCCGUAUGCGAUCCUUAAUGAACAACAAGGAGUUGCCCGCUAGGAUCCGCUUCUUGCUGCAAGACACAGUGGAACUGCGAGAAAACAACUGGGUCCCCCGCAAGGCUUUCAUCGACAACGGACCAAAGACGAUUCACCAGAUCCGUCAGGAUGCAGUGAAAGUGAGUGCGGAUUUGGGUGGUUUCAUCCCAGCACCCAUGUCUCAGGGGAUGAGGAUGGACUUCUUCCUGGAAAGCCCCUUCAUGCCCAACAGAAUGAAACUUGACAGGGAGACUCUCGGGGGAUUGGCCGAUAUGUUUGGGCAGAUGCCAGGCGGUGGGAUUGGAACUGGCCCGGGGGUUAUUCAGGAUAGGUACUCGCCCACUAUGGGACGCCAUCGCACCAACCCGCUCUUCAACGGCCACAGUGGCCACACCGCCCCCCAGCCACAGUCACAGUUCGACGCGGGGCCAAAGUCUUUUGUUAAGUCCAACCAGGUUCAGAACCAGCAUUUCCUCAACCAGAACCAGAACCACCUGGCCCAGCAGCAGGUCCAGUCCAAGGACAUGCCUCCACGAUUCAUAAAGAAAGGACAGCUCAAUGCAGAUGAGAUCAGCCUCAGGCCUGCUCAGUCAUUCCUCCUCAACAAGAACCAGGUACCCAAGCUCCAGCCCCAGAUCCCCACCAUGAUGCCUCCCAGCGCUCAGCCCCCACGCACUCAAACCCCCCCUCUGGGACAGCCUCCACAGCUUGGCCUGAAGACCAACCCUCCGCCCAUCCAAGAGAAACCUCAGAAGAUAAACAAGAAACCUCCUCCUGCCAAGGAGGAGCUGCUUAAAAUGACGGAGGCGAUCGUGACUGAGUUCUUGAACAGCAAGAACCUGACUGAGGCUGUGAGCGGCGCGCGAGAGAUGAAGGCUCCCAAGCACUUCCUGCCGGAGAUGCUGAGUAAGAUCAUUGUGUGCUCUCUGGACCGUCCCGAUGAGGACAAGGAGCACGCUAGCACUCUGAUCCACACGCUCCGCACCGAGGGCCUCAUCACUGGAGAGAACUUCAUGCAGGCUUUCCUCAACGUCCUGGACCAGUGCCCUAAGAUCGAGCUGGACGUACCCCUGGUGAAGUCCUACCUGGCCCAGUUUGCGGCUCGGGCCAUCAUCGCAGAGCUGGUGAGCGUGGCGGAGCUGGCUCACCCGCUGGAGAACGGCACGCACUUCCCCCUCUUCCUGCUCUGCCUGCAACAGACGGCCAAGCUGAAGGACCGAGAGUGGCUCACCGACCUCUUCCAGCAGAGCAAGGUCAACAUGCAGAAGAUGCUCCCAGAAAUCGAUCAGAACAAGGACCGCAUGCUGGAGAUCCUGGAGGGGAAGGGCCUGAGCUUCCUGUUCCCGCUGCUGAAGCUGGAGAAGGAGCUGCUGAAACAGAUCAAGGCAGACCCCUCUCCACAGUCCAUCUACAAGUGGAUUAAAGACAACAUCUCGCCCAAGCUUCACACCGAUAAAGGCUUUGUCAACAUCCUCAUGACCAGUUUCCUCCAGUACAUCUCCCAGGAGCUGUGCAUGGCGGAGGGCGAUGAGCAGCUGGCGGCCCCCUCCAAAGAGCAGCUGGAGCAGGAGAAACAGCUUCUGCUGGCCUUCAAGCCCGUCAUGCAGAAGUUCCUGCACGACCACACCGAGCUGCAGGUCAGCGCCCUCUACGCCUUGCAGGUGCACUGCAACACCAGCACGUUCCCUAAAGGCAUGCUGCUGCGCUACUUUGUCAACUUCUACGACAUGGAGAUCAUUGAAGAAGAAGCCUUCCUUGCAUGGAAAGAAGACAUCACCCAAGAAUUCCCUGGAAAAGGAAAAUCUUUAUUCCAGGUCAACCAGUGGCUCACCUGGCUGGAGACGGCGGAGGAGGAGGAGUCUGAGGACGAAGCCGAUUGAGAAGCCAAGAAGAAGCGUCACGGUGUAGAAGAUCGACCGUAUCUCUAUUAGUACACUCGCCUUUCCUUUAUUUAACUCCAUUCUUAAUUUAACCACUACCACGUGGCACUUACAAAUAUAAACCGAAAGCUUGUACCUGUAGGGCCUCAUGUGUUACCACCCGCACAGCGACGAUGGGCUGUGAGGCAUCAUUUGAUCUGUUGCCUAAAGGAUGUUUGAUUCUGUGUCCUGAUCAGCUACAUGAAUUCUGAAGUCUGGAGUGGCUCAACCAUGUGUUUAUUAUUUUUUUUUCUUUUUGCUCUGACUGAAGUUUAUAACUUUUUUUCACUGUAUUGCAUGUUUGUUUUUUUUCAUUUCCACUCAGUUUUUACUGAGUUAAACCUUCCCCAGUAGCCUUAUUUAAGAAUGCGUAGGCUUUCCUCCCUAAAUAAAUCAAAUUAGUGGUCAUCUUCGCUAAUGCUAGUUAAAAGCAUCCGGCUAUUAACAAAAGGUGUCGUCAGUGACCUGCUACGGUGAUCUUCUGUAAAGGCCCGGCCUGGAUUCCCUUCCAUCACACUCAUGUUAUCCUAGCAGAGGGGAUUUAAGUCACCAAACAGGCUGCAGCGUGAUCCAUAUAGUGAUAAUCAAAGACAAUAUGUGGCAUCAAGCCUUUGUCUCAGAAAGUAUGACGGAUGGCAAGGAGGCUCAUUAAAUUGAGAGCAAAGCAUAAGUUGACAUUAAAUGAAUUAAGAUGCGUUUAGUCAACAUAUGCUUACUAAAAAACCUGUUUACCCUUUUUUUUAUUAUUAUUAAUAAAAGUGCUCUUCGUAGUCGCUGAUGAGCAUCUCCCCUUUUUUUGUGAUUCCUCCCUUCUGUCCCUCUUUUCUUGUCUUUUAUCACCUGAGUGGUUGCAGUACUCAUGAUCCUCCUAAUGUUACAAUAUUUUAAAAAGUUGUAAUCAUUGGUGUGCCGCCGUAACGUUUCAAAGUUGCCUGUGUUUCUACCUCUUAGUUAGAUGGGCUUUUGUUUAGUUUUUUUUUUGUGCUAGGAUAAUGAAAUCUACUAAGAAGAACCUAUAGCCCACGCUGAUGCUGAAGUAUUUGAUUUAGACCUGGCCUAAACUGCACAAUAAAUUCAUCGAAGCAGACCUUUCUCUACGACGCUUCACGUGGUUUACAAGUAUUAAUAUUUAAGCACUUAAGAAAAGCUCGUGAGUUUCAUCUCACCCAGAAUUUGGAGUAACGGUGCGAAUGUUGCCUGCUUAUUUUCAAUCCUCAAUAUGGAAUAUGAAACAAGUGGAUUUUUAAUAUUUUCCUGAAUUGGCAAAAGCAAACCUUUUUGAAUAGGUUGUAAUCGAUUCCCCCCCCUUCACCAAAAUAAGUAAGAAACAUCGACUUUUACCCAAGAAUUGUGCUGACAAGCCAUGUUUAUGUAUAAGGCAAUGGAUUUGGAUCAUAUUGUAAGGUAUUAAAAAUUUACUGUGCACCUCCUAUUGCUUUAAUGUCAAUAAAGUCCAGUACAUGAGCACCAAAA